AUGGAAGACGCCGAAUCUCGGUUCACUCAUCUCCUACAACCGAUACGGGAUCUAACAAAAAACUGGGAAGUGGAUGUUGCAGCUCAGCUUGGUGAAUACCUAGAAGAGGUAAGAUAGUGUCUGACAUAUGUGGACAGAUCUCAUUUGUGUAGGAUGCAAGUGUCUGAAUAUGUAAAUAUUUUCCAAAGCAGAUUUGAGCAUUCUUAUCAUAGUUUUAAGGUGCAUUGUAUCUAUCACUUGAAGUUGGCAAAAUAGAUUAUUAUUGAUAUAUAUUGUACUAAAAUAUAUCUUUAGAAAAUUUAUUUUAAAUGUAAAAAAUAAACUUUGUUUUUACUAUUUUCCUUUCCAAGCAGUCACAUCUCCUUAUUGUGUAUCUGUGAUGUAAUAAUAUUUUGUUUUAUAUCUUUUAAUUUUUUUCAUUGACAGCUAGAUCAAAUUUGCAUUUCCUUUGAUGGAGGUAAAACCACAAUGAACUUUGCAGAGGCAGCACUGUUAAUUCAGGGGUCUGCUUGUAUUUACAGUAAAAAGGUAAAUGUCAUUGAGCAUUAUGUGCCAGAAGAAACUGUGCUAGCAAUAGUAGUGUUUAUUAAUCCACGCUGGGCACCUCCAAUGUAUGGUUAUAAAUGAGACUGGAAAGGCCAGAAGGGACCUGACAAAUAUUUACGAGUCAUGAAAAUUAAAACUUAAGGCUUUUUCCAAGUGUGCAAUCAGCCAAAUACACUUUUUUUUUUUUUUUUUUAAGAGGAGGUGCCUAAAUCAUACUUUGCUGAUAAAUAAUGUCAGAUUAAACUUUAGUCAGGACAUUUCUGGCAAGGGACACACGCACGUACAUCCAUACAUCUAUCCAAGGUCUGUGCACACCAAUCUCUGGUUUUAGUAGGCCUGGUGCUGCUCUCUAGGCUAUAAUACACCAUGCAAAAUAGGCACACACUAGGAAAUUGUAAAGUAUUAUUCUUUUAUUAAUCCAAAGAUGAUGUUUAAAACAACAUUUCAGUCUCCUAGUGAGACCUUUGUCAAGACACCUAACACAUGUGAGAUGCCAAGUCUAUAUAGACCGUUUGUGAAUGAGAGUAAGCGUGACCAUGAGAAAGUUGCUGUGUGACCUAGUAAUGACAUCACUGUCGUGAAUUGUUGGUAAACUCUAGACUAUGACGUAGCCACCAUCCCAUUCAUAAAAACAAAUACUAUAAAGCUCCCUGUUGAAACUGUAGUAACCACGAUAUGUGUUUAAAAAAAUCUGUGUUAACAUCAGCACAAAAAGUGUCUGAACAUGUAGAACAGGAAAAAAGAUUCACGUGUAACACAAAGGUAAGAGAAAGGGGAAAUAAUUACAAGUAACAUGCCUCACACCAAAUAAGAAAUUGGAUAUCUAAGUGGAUACAUGGUCCAGUGUUUACUAACAAUUCACGUCGGUGCUGUCAUUACUAGGUCACACAGCCUCUUUGUCACUCUCAUUCACGGCAUCUUAUAGGUGUUGGGUGCCUUGAUAAAGGUCUUGCUUUGAGAUUGUUGAUUUAAACUUCACCUUUGAGUUAAUAAAAGAAGAAUACUUUACAAUUUUCUUGUGUGUGCUGUCUUCUUUCAUUGUACGUGUGUGUGUGUGUGUGUGUGUGUGUAUUAUAUAUAUAUAUAUAUAUAUAUAUAUAUAUAUAUACAUUUUGUUUAAUUUACUAUGAUGUACAGCCAUAUGUAAUAAUUAUGUUGUUAAUGUUGUGUGUUUUCAAUAGGAACUGUGUUCCGCUGAUAAAAAAGGGAAAUUCUUUUAAUCCAGAUUAAAGUGCAAACCAUCAGAUUGGACAUAAACAUAAUCCUUGAGUAGAAUAUGUAUGGAUAUAAAAUAUAUUCAAGCUUAUUCACUAAAGUGAGAAUUGUGAAAUUCAAAUUUUAAGGUUAAAGUAGCCAAAUUGGGGGGGAGCCAUCUAUGCUUUGGUCACAUUGACCUUAAAUUUGAAAUUCACUUUGCAUUCACAGCAAUUCUCACUUUAGUGUGUUACCCUGAUGUAAGUUAACUUGUACUAUAAUCGCAGCAUAUAUAAAGUGAAUUAAGCCACACGUCAGCAUUGGCUUCUCCUUCGGAAGACUGAUAAUUCCAGUCACAUGCCAGUCUCAUAAUCAAAUCUUAUUUUGUGAAUUUUUAUUUGUGCUGUUUAAAACAUAAUUAACAUUUCACUACUAUAGUAACGGCAUUUUUUUCUGCAGCAGUUGCUGUGUGGAUGUGUUUUUGUCUGAUUUUUGUUUUACUGUAAUCAUGUCAUAACAACUGCUGUUCUCUCUUGAUAGGUGGAAUACCUGUACUCACUAGUGUACCAAGCUUUGGAUUUUAUUUCUAAUAAAAAGUAGGUGCUUCCUUAGGAACCAUGAAUAGUAGGCACAAUAAGACUGACUAAACCAUGGAGCUUCUAGCAGGUGCAUUCUGGGCCUGGUGUGGAAUGCUUUAGUUCAUAUCACGAAAUGAAUGCAUGAUUCCCUACAUGGCUAAUUUUUAUUGGGUGAUUUACAUGUGUAGUGGCAGUGCAUAUAUUGACUUACAUUUCUAAAUUCAAGGCUGUGUCAUUAGGUGUGUGGUACAAGAGCAGCAGUACUGGCUGACUAAGGUUCAGAGAAUUCUACAGGCAGGAUGUAGCCCAUUUGCGCAUGCUUCCAUCUCGCCACAAAUUUAACCACCUGAAGGACUGCGAGUUGACAGUGCUCAGUGUGGAGCUUUACCUUAUUUUAUUCAGCCUUAAUAGUUAAACGCUUCAUGUCUAAAAAGAAGUGGGGAUUCGAUAGUAUGUCAUGAUUUUCAGUGACAGAAUUGCUGCUGAUUGCACAGGGUUUAGAUAUCAAGCUUUAGAUGGAAGGCAAAGCUUUACAAUGAGUAUUAACAGCUAGACCAAACUGCAGGCUCUAUGGUAGGUUUGGUUGGGGGCAAGCAGAUAGGUAUAGAUAACUGGAGAGGAGUGGGCUGGUGAAAGACAAGGGCAGAUAGGAAGAUAACCAAGGGGGAGAUUGAUGGACACUUACUCUAACCACAUAACGUACACUAAAUUGUUAAUAGGUUAGGAGUGUCUGGGCACCACCUUACUUUUAGAGUUUAAAUGGACACUCCAGGCAGCCAGGCCACUUCAGCUCAUUAGUGGUCUGGGUGCAGUGUUCCUAUUGCACUUAGUGAUUCAAUGUUAAACAUUGUAGUUCCAGAGAAACUGCAAUGUUUACAUUACAGCACCAAAUCUGCCUCAAGUGGCUGUUUUCCAGACAGCCACUGGAGGCACUUCCUGCAUCCAAAUGGACCUUUGGUCCGGUAUCUGAUGCUGGACGCCUUCACGCUCUGCAUGAGGACAUCUAGUGUCAGAUUUUUCCCCAUAUGCAAGCAUUGAUUUAAUGCUUACAGAUGGGGUGGUCUAAUGCGCGCGUGGCCUUUGCGAGGAGCCGCGACCUAGUGCCGAGGGACAUCAGCGCUGGGUAAGGUUAGUAAAUAAAGGGUAUUAGCCCAAAGUUUGGUAUUACUGCUGCUCCCUAGAUUCCUUUUUCUUUGCACUGCAGUGUGAGAAAAGUUUAGCCAGCAGCUGGUGAGAGACUGAGAAUGUCAGCUGAAAUUCUCAGCCUAUCACUGCAUAAAUGGUAGAAAUAGUACCAUAUCACUCCUUGGAGCAGCCCUAUUUGCAUAGUAUAUAUUAAAGCAAAAGUCUUGAUGUAUCUUUAAAAAUCUUCUUUUUACUACUUAUGUGUCAUUUACCCACCUAUUUAUUGACAAUGUAUACUUAAUAUAAAUUCUUUUUAUUUUUUUGACAAAUCUUUAUUGAUUUUUUUUUUUUUUUUUAAACAAAAGCACUAAUUACUAAGUACACCUCCUAUGUGAUGUGUGUAUUUAUUAAUUUAUAUUUAUAUGUGUGUGUAUUUAUAGCAAGUGUAAUGCAUAUUACCUGCACAAAUUAACUGUGGUAUGGGACUGUGAAGAGGGGAUGAUGGAUGAGGCUCAUGUUGCUAAAUUUAUCUGAUCUGUUUGACUCUGUAAAUCCACUUGUGGAACAUGGGUGAGUUGUGAUUUCUCCAGCAUGAGUGUGUGGAUGACUUUUGCAGCCUUAAAGGAACACUGUAGCGUUGGGAAUACAAACAUGUAUUCCUAAUGCUAUAGAGCCCUUGUCAACUAAACGGUGACUAGGGCCCUUUCCAUGGCGAAUAAAAUAAUUAACCCUUUAUUUGCCCACCUUAAUCCAGCGCCGGGCUCCCUCGGCGCUGGUGACCUCUCCUCCUCCAUCGAAGUCAGCUCCCGAGUGGAGCUGAAUGUGCGCGCAUUCAAAACCGCCCAUAGUAAAGCAUUACUAAAUGCUUUCCUAUGGGGAUCUUUUUUGACGCUGGAGGACCAUGAGGUCAAAUAAGUGUGAUUUAUUCCGUGCAAAUUGGAAGCGUCUCUAGUGACUUUCAGGGAGACAGCCGCUAGAGCCUGGAUUAACCCUGCAGUGUAAACAUAUCAGUUUCUCUGAAACUAUGUUUUCAGCUGCAUGGUUAAAACUAGGGGGACCUGGUACCCAGACCACUUCAUUGAGCUGAAGUGAUUUGGUUGCCUAUAGUGGUCCUUUAAGCAAGCGAGUGACAGUUGCAUUUUUCUAAGUUUACUGUGGUAAUGAGGUGUGAUUAAUAAGUGUGACUUCUGGUGUGCAAGGGAGACAGAUGUUUGUAACAGAAGCCAUUUUUAAAAAUUAUUGUUUUUAACUCUCUUCUCUCAGGAAGGACCAGCAGCCGACAUCUGUAGGAGCGGAUGGUGUUGACAAUGAUGCAACGUUUGCAAAUCGUAGGGAUGAAGAGGAAGUAAGAAAUAUUUGCAUUGAUCAACUUGACUUAAAGUAACACUCCAAACAUCAUAUCUAUUACAAAGUUCUGUUGUGGUCGUAAUGCCAGGAGUGUGGCCUAGACCCCCCCAAUCAGAUGAUUACUCUCUGCCAGUGAGCUAAGCCCUUCAGCACCAUGAUUAGCUUUGGCAGAGAUACUCUAGUUCUCUGUCUAAAGUAGUGGAGGCAAGGAGUGGCUCAUGGCAGACCGCAUGUAAGAAAUUCAACCGUUCUAAAAGGUUUGACUACUUACAAUAGGGGUAUGUGGAAUGUUCUUUUAAUCACUAACUGUCUUGAAGUAGAAAACAUUGCUGCUCCUUCAACCGGCCCAUGCUCAAUUUUCUGCCAUUUAUGAGUUAAAUUACUUUGUUUAUGCAGCCCUAGCCACACCCCUGCCUGUGACUCACACAGUUCCAGACAGGUCGCGGCUAAGUGACUGUCUUUAAACGGGAGUCCUUGUGGGCCGGAAAAGAGGGACUCCUCUGGCUCUUAGGUAGCGAUGGUUGGGAACAUCCUCCUAUACCUCCCCUCCAAAUAGCGCUCUCUGAGGUGUCCAUGAAAGGUGGUAAAACAGUGAAUUAACUUGACUGGGCGGAUUCUGGAGUUGAGGCUAGACCAGAGUUCCGGGUAAUCAGGGUUAAACUCUAAACUUGAUUUGAAAUCCUGUGGUGGGACCUCAAGAGAGCUAUGCGUGAACCAAUGCCAGCAAACUUCAAUGAACUGAAGCAACAUUUUAAAGAAGAGUGGGCCACAUUUCCUCAAUAUAUAUGUGAAAGACUGAUAAAGUCAAACAGAAAACGAUUACUUCAAGGUAUUGCUGCUAAAAGUGGUUCUGCAAUCUACUGAAUAUGGUGUACUUAGUUUUUCACACAUGGCUUCUCAAUUUUGGCUUCAUUUUUAUUAAAUAAUUACAUGUAAUAUGUCAGUUGUUGUUGUUCAUCUGAGAUCGUAUUUACCUAAUUUUACAACCUGCUAAGGAACAGAAGAUUGCUAUUGUUUGCAAUGUAAAUUAGCAGUGGCUAUGGCCAGUAAGGUAUUGUCAUGCAUAAAAAAGGGUAUUAAUUCUCAGGAUGAGAAUAUCAUUUUUCCUCUUUAGAAAUCACUAGUAAAACCACAUCUUGAAUAUGCUGUGCAAUUAUAGGCACCUGUUCUAAAGAAGGAUAUUAUGGCACUGGAAAAAGUGCAGAUGUGUGCUACAAAAUUAAAAAAGAAAUGGUACAUUUUAGCUAUGAAUAAAGGUUAACAAAUUUUAAACCUCUUUAGUUUAGUUUAGAAAAACGUCGCCUCAGAAGGGAUAUGAUAACAUUAUACAAAUUUAUCCGGGGCCAUUGUUCACAAACAGGUCUAUACUUAGGACACGAGGUCAGGCAUUGGGAAGAAAGAAGAUUUAGUCCAAGGCAAAGGAAAGGCUUUUUUUUUUUAACCAUAAUAACAAUAAUGAUGUGGAUUUCUCUGCCAGAUCAAGUGGUUUAUCGGAGUCUGUACAGAUGUUUAAACAGCAACUAGAUGCAUACUUACAAAAACAUAAUCUUCAAUUAUAUAAUUUUUCAACUGUAGGGUAGCUUCUUGAUCCAAGGAUAAAUCUGAGUGCUUCAAACUGUUUUUAUUUAGUUUUUUCCCCCUUUUGGAUAAACAGCAAAAAAAAAACAAAAACAAAAAAAAAAACACAGAUGGAAGGAAGGCUGAACUUGGUUGACACAUGUCUCUUUUCAGCCUUUGUAACUGUGUAAAACCAUAUAAUUCAAAGAGGAUGUACUUUCAUGACUGUAUAUAUAUAUUUUAGAAGUAGCAAUGAAUAAAAUACUAGUUGUGAGGUUUUUGUUUUGUUAUGAAAGUGUAUCCUUGCACUACCAUGUUUUUUUAUUUAUUUAUUUUUACGUUUUCGUUUUUUUUCUUUUUCUUCUCUUGUAGUUUCUUAGUCUUGAUGAUAUAAAUGACCCAAAGAAAUCCAACGUGGACAUGAAAAGAGAUCAGAUCCCAAAUGUAGGACCUCUUUUAUAUCUCAUUAUUUAGUGCUUGAACUUAAAUUAUAACAUGUAUAAUCUGUACGUGCCAUCAAUGCUUUCAGCCUUAGUGCAUAUUUGUGUCUGGGUGGGUCUGGACGCAUUUCAGGAGCUAUUUUACCAUUUCACGUUUUAUGUUGAUCUCUUUGUUUGUGUAUGUUCCUUGCUCUGAAAUUAUACAUGUAGUUAGACAUACCCUAUCUCUAAGUGUGUCCCCACUAAUUCUUGUGUCUAUAGGUGGUUUAUUUUCGAGGCUUUUUAGACUUUAUGAAUUAAAUCUACAUUUAUUUAUUGUGCAACCAUUUCCUUCUUGUUAACUUGACAGUAUGGACAAAAACUUGUCUGAUUUUUAUUUUUAUUUUUUUUCUCUAAAGCGUGUGAAUAUUGUCCCUUUAACUCCAAUGGCAUUGGUACCCCCUGAAGAGGUAGAGAAGAAAAGUAACCCAUUAUGCAGGUGAGACCUUUUCCUAAAAUACCUAGUGUGGUACUAUAUUGUAUUCUUGUAUCACAAAUUCCAGAAAUUUCUAGUGCUUUCCAUCUUGAUGAUCCAUGUUUCCACUCAUUCCUGUGUUUUGGCAAUGUUUCUAAUGUUUAUGGUUUGCUCAAGCUAUUGCAUUCAACUUGCAUUCAAACCCUUUCUCCUCUGUAGCCGCAAAGGAGAGGUCCUUGCAAGCAGGAAGGAUUUCCGUAUGAAUACCUGCACUCCUCAUGCAAGUGGAGCAUUUAUGCUGGAACUAGCCAGGAUGUCCCCUACAAAGUUCUUGCACAGAGUAGAGCAAACUGAAGAGGUCGCACAGUGUCCAGGUAUAUACUGCACACACAAAAAAUAAAUCAGUGAUAACUGACUGUAAUUGUAGUACCAUUGACUGCAGUAACAAUGUUUCACAUUUCCAGUUCUGCAGGAAGAACGGCAAGAUAAAAAUGAAAACAUGGAGACAGAGAACAUGGAUUGUGCUGGUCCUGUAGUUGUCUUGAACUUCAGUGACGGUGAGAUUAGCUUACUUUUUCCUGGAAUGCAUCCUAUAGCAUUAUAAAAAACCCUUUUACAGAGAUGGUAUAUGUAUGUGCUAUGGGCAGGUAAUAUUGCUCAAGGGUUUUGAAGACACAGAGGAAUUUACAUAUCAAUGAUAUGCCAUAGAUAUCGCAGUCUUCAUUAUCUGCUAAACUCAUAUGUUCUCUAGUCAGUGUUAAAAGCAGAUUUAAAUAGAACAUUUUGUCUCGUUGAUUUGUUUGUUUUUACUUUGACUUAUGGUGGUGGGUGGGGAACCUAAGUUACAAUGGGGAGAAGGGUACCCUAAAUGACAAUGUGAUGGGGGCGCCCUAGUUAUUUUACAUUUAGCAACGGGUUGAGGCUAGAUGUAAAAAUAACCCCUUCCCCAAAUCUUGACCUAUCAGAGCACUCUUAUUGAUUGGUUUAACCCGGCGCUCUGAGUCAAAUUGCAAGGCGUGUUAAGGCUUUAUAAGCCUUUCCCCGACCUGCGGAGCUCAGUCUGUGUGGUGCCCUCGCUGGGUGAAGAUGGAUUCUUUUUUAGCAUCAGGAUUUACAAAAAUGUCAGCGUGUUUUUUUUUUUGUUUUUUUUUGUGCUUUCUAUUUUUCGGUGUGUUUUGUUUUUAUUUUUUAAAAGUUUGGGACUUUUUAUUUGGCCCUUUUUUGAGGCUGAAAAAGGAAGGUUUUUGAAAAAAACAAGACCAUUAAAUGGUCGGUAUGAUUUUAUUAUUUUGUAAUUUUUUAUUUACAGUUAUUGAUGUUAAUUGCUUCCUCCUUCACAAUUUAUGGUGAGAGGGGUAGGUAGGCUUUUAUUUUUUAUUUUUUGAAGGGGGAUAACUAGGCUCUUGGGAACCCCUAGUCACCUUGGAGGGGGUUAUUUUUACAUUUCGCCUCCAACCGCCGGCCUAUAGUCAUUUAGGGCCCCCAUCCGCCGCUCAUCGGUCAGGGGAGGCAGUAGGUGACCCCAUUCCCUCCCCUAUUGUUUCUUAGGGCCUGCACCUGCCACUCAUGAGUGGGGGCCGAGGGAGGACACUAGGUCCCCAUUUAGUUUAGUGGACCCCACUUGCGGUGCUCGUGGGGGACACUACCUCCCCACAGUUAAUCAUUUUUUAUUAGCGCCACACUAAGGGGCACUUUAUUAGAAUAGGUAUUUUUUACAACAGUGAGUAGCCACUGGCUGCUCACUGUUUAGUAGACAUGCCCCUACUCAUGUUAUAGCGAGUAGGGGCAGAAGGAACAUUUUAAUCUUCCUUAAUUACUAAUACUAAGUCAUCUUUACUUUGUAUUGGUAAAUUUGGCUGAAAGUCCAAUUUUGGUCUUUCAGGCUUUUAGUAAAUAGCUCCCUAAUACCAUGGGAAUUUGGGAGUUAUCUACUAAGUGGCUGCAAGAUGCAGCCACAGCACGAAUAGUAUCGGAAUUGAAUUAAUUCGAAUGAAAUUCCGAUCCAAACAAAAAGUACCGAAUUGUGUCCUAACACAAAUGGACAAACUGUUCUCUUUCUGGUAGGAUGAAAUUCGGUAGUUUCACCGGCGUUUGAACUGAGAAUGAAGCAGCAAAAGAAGAGGUGAGGAUUGAGGAAAAUUGCAUCGACUAGAGGGAAAUGGAGCGGAUUUAGCUCCUCCUUUGGGUCAAACAUAGGAAAAAUACAUAAGACAAAAUAGUCCCUACUUUGUCUUCUGUUUUAAAGAAAUCUAGAUCAACUAGGAAGGAAAGAAGAACAGAUUGUGAGAGAGGAAAAGAGGAAGCGAUUGGGGAAAGGCAAGUUCGGCAUGACAGUGCCACUUUUAACUUGCUCACACCAUAAUAUGUCAUUUAAAGCCCACUAAGUGUAGGAUGGCAUAGAACGUCUUUAAGACAUUAAAGCAUUGAGGUUUGAUAAAGGGAGAAGCUUAAUCAAGCCUUUUCUGUAGACGCAAAAAGAGAAUUAAUUGCCUAAUUUUGACAGUAAGUAAACAUGUUGGGAAAAAACUAUAUUCAGCCAAAAGCUACAUGUUCUUUAUUUACUUAAGGAACAGUACAGGAUCUUGUCACAAUCUGCAGUUUGUCUUCUAGUGCCUGAUAACAGUGAUGGGGGUGGAUUUGUCCCAUUGGAUGAUCAUCAUGAAGCAGAUGAUCACCAUGAUGUUGGAGAUGCCUUGAUGGAGCCUACAGAGCAUAUUGAGAGGAGAAAGGUAUGACUGUCACUCGAAGGAUUACAAAACAAAGAUUAUGAAAAGAGCAACAUUUACAGAAACUGGUUUAGCACAUAGUAUUUCUUCUCCUCCCCCCCACCCUCCACCUUAACUGAAGAACUUAAACAGCCAUCUUUCUGUUUUUGAUUAAGCAGCCAGGAGUUAUUACCUUGUCAAUUUACAAAAUAAGUUUUAUAGAGCUUUUUGUGCAUGCAGAGGAAGUAGCAAGUAACAAGUGGCAUGCAUUAUGUAUAUUUCUUACUACAAAAUAUUUAUGUAAAUGUUUUUAAUUUUAUUGGAACUUCACAUAAAUUCAUAUUGAUAGGUAUAAGUGUAUACCCAAAGGCAGUUUAUUUUAUUUUUAUUUUUUUUGAAAACUCAGAAGUGGGGGUGCAAUUUCAGCCCCUUCAUGACUGAUGGUUUGGAAUGACUAUUGCCUUAGCAAGUGCUUUCUCAAACCUCUGUCAUGAAGGGUUUAAAUGUUUCUGCAAAAAAAAAAAAAAAAAAAACUAUGCACAGCCAACGGCAAGUUGCCAUGCACACAAUGUAAUGAUUAUUGAUAGCUUGUAUAAUGUAUUUGUUAUGUAAAGGUAAAUACUUUUUAGUGAGAUUUUCAUGUUAUGCCCAACAGAUGCAGUUUGAAGAGAGAGGCUAUGCUCUACGGGAAAGAGUGGCCCAGCAAGAUCCACCUGCUAGCAUGCAGGUAAAAACUAAUGCACUUUUCUAUUUUCUGCUUCUUUUUUUUUUUUUUUCUUUACACAGUAGCUGCUCUUUCUUGGGUCAUGUUGAUCUCAUUUUCAUUCUCCAUCUUCUUUUUCCACAGAAUGAAGUUAUAGACCACUGGCGCAGUCUAGAUCCUUUUGAAGCGUGUGCAGAAAAGCCAUUUAAGAAAGGUACCAUAGAUGUCUAUCUGAUAUUUAUUCUUGUUUGACCCCUGUCUUCUCAUGUUUGAUUUAUGCUUCUGCCUCCCAUUUCCUUACGUCAGGUAAACAUUACACACUGCCGCGAGGUGUGGUAGAAGGAAUGUCCAACAACAGAAAAAGGAGGCUGCCCUGCAAGCUGCAGGAUUUCAUGAAAUGGCUGUCUUCCACGCGUGAGUAUCAUUCUUCCCACGUGAUUUAUAGAUUCGAUUUUUCUAUUUGUAAAGGGAGCUUAAAUAGAAAUGGUCAAAUCCAGAGAAGUGACAAUUCUGUGUUCUUUCACCCUAGUAAAUGCUACUGUAGGGGUUACUGGGGUGACUAUUGCAGCAGAGGUAAGGGGGGGUGUUUGGGUUUGCCAUCCCAGUAUGUCUUGUGUGCAUGGGAAUCUAAUUGCGUAUGAGUGCAUAUGCUGUGUGUACUGCAUUACAGCUGUUAACUAAUAUUUUACUUCUAUUGUAUGUAAGUUAGAUAAAUGAAAGGAUAGUGCUAGAUAUAGUCAUAUUUAUUAUAUUUAUAAUGAAGCUCUGAGGGACAAAUAUGGGAUGGAAAAUAACUAAUGUGUGUACUAUGUGUUUUAUAUAUUUAGCACUUAUUGAGAAAUAUUUACAUAUAUUAAUACAAUAUAUAUGAGUAUAAAUAACUCUCAAGGCUUAUUUGUAACGAUGCUUAUCCAGAGAAUUGACGGAUUGUGGCUGGCUUAUAUAUUUAAAGGAACGCUAUAGUCAUUGGAGCCAGUACAGCUUUACAUGGUGGUUUUGGUGUAUAUAGCGAGCCCCUGCAGCCUUUUCAAUGUAAAGGCUGCCUUUUGCGAAAAAAGGCAGUGUUCACAUUUUUCCUAAAUAACAUGUCUUGGUGUCGUCACUCAGUUGCCUAUUAGAGGCCCUUGUAUAUUUCAGUACUGCAAUCUUUGCAGGACCUAUGUUCAGCGUCUCUACACUAUGCAUAGAGAUGCAUGAUUUGCCUCGUAUGCAAACUGUCCUCCCAAUGCUUCCUUAUUAAUGUUGAUCAUCUCAGCCAGAGAUGCAAUACGGCAAGGCAGGAAAACUGGGGGGACCUUUAAAUGGUGAGUAUUGCACCUUAGCAUUAGGAACACAUGUUUGUAUUCCAAACGCUAUAGUGUUCCUUUAAUAAGUACCUUUGGUUAUAUAUUUAUCAAUACUAACCAUUUUGAGGAUUCUCGGCUUCAGUUAAAUUAAUAGAAUUUAAUAAAUAGCAAUAGCAUUAAGAAUACUUCCUUAUAAGGCACAAAAACAAAUAAAAGGCCUUAUUAGCUAUACACACAUCACAUAACUAUCUACCUAACAGAAAUACAAACAGCAAUGUAUAUAUGUGCUCACUUGAUGUUAUCAUAGCUACCUGCUGCUGGAAUCAGCCCAUAGUUGGCAAUCCUCUUAGUCAGUACUUAUAUGCCCUCCUGCACGUGCUUUAGUUCCUUACUUCUCCUACUUAACCCAUAUCUGUUUAUCUUGGAAUUCACCAAAAUUCACUCUUCUUUACUGUUUGGGAUUCAAUUAGCUGUAAUAUAUGCGUAGUUAUUAGCUAAAGUGAGAAUUCAAAGUAAACUCCGAGAGAAUUUCAAAUUUAAGAUGAAAAUAGUCAAACUGGAAAAUUUCUCGUAGUAAGCUAUGCUUUCAGUUAUGGUACACUGGCCUUAAAUGGCAUCUGUCAUGUCACAAACUACAUGUGCUCAUUAGAUUAAGCAUAUAAUUUUAUCUAUACAUUGUGCUAGCAAAUGUAUAGAAUAGGCUUUUCUCCCACCUGUUAGUCAAUGCUGAGGCAUUCGAAGAACAGAAAAGACUUCCUACUAGAGAGUAUAGGAACUGAGUGAUGUCACUAGGUUUACGGCACGCUGGUUAUGAAGUGUCAUUGAGGAAGUGUCCAAAAGCAGGGCAAAGCCUUGAUGCGCAGCAGAGGAUUGGUGUUACAUGAAGAGUAGCGUCCACGAAAAUUGAAGAUGAUAGCACUGGAAUGGAGGAGAGGUGAGCAAGUAUCUAUAUGUUACAUUGAAUACAUCAUGUAUCUUUGUGAUAUGAUAUAUUCAAUGUACAUGGUAGUGUAAUAUCUAAUGGUGCACUAACACAAUCUACAGAUAACCCUCAAAUUACACACACAUAUAUAUUCACUUAACAUAUAACAUUUUAUAUAUAUUUAUAAUGCUGCUAAAAAUGUAACCAAUAAGAUAUUGCUUAUAAGGUAACAGAGAAUUUAAAACAUUGUCAGAGAAAGGAAAAUAAUUGGUUACAUGUGCUUUUACUAUGAGAACAAGUUAAUAUUUCAAGUGUAGAUUUAUUUGAGUUAUUAUUUUUUGUAGUGAUGUAGAAAGGAGUUGGCACUUAAAUUAGAUGUUAUGCCUUCAUUAGAUGUGCACAUGUGUGAUAUUUAGUAUGGUGUAGAGAUAAUCUAAUUUGCAGCAAUGUUUGAAAGAAGGGGGAAAAAACAUCUUCUGUUCUUUAUACAGACUUUAACCAAUCAGAAGCAGGAAAAUCCAGAAGGAAAGGUCCAACAUUUGAAGGUAAGUGGAAGGUGCCAAGAUGGUUAGUAAAUAUUUCUGGAUAUAUUAUAAAGUAACAUUACAUGGUGCAAAGUACCCCUGGUAAAUGUGCCAUGCACCCUCUAGGCUUUCAGUGACAAGUAACUUUCAAGUCAUUGUCCUGCUAGUAGCAUAUGACUUAAGUCAUGUAAGUUCACUUCUUUUAAAACCAAUCAAUAUUGUGUCUUUUUUUCUUUUAUGCAGACAUGGAAGUGUUGUACUGGAAGCACGUUAAAGACAGUCUUGCACAGAAGCAGCUCCAGAAAAUUAAGGUAAUGAAGUUUAUUCCAUGGCUCAAAAUUUCCACUCUGCUUUUAGCCAUUGGUGAAUGAGAAUUCCAUCCUGUUGGAUAGAAAUUCAUUCAUGGUAAGUGUGUCAUGGACUCGCCAGAUUUGCACUGAUGAGUGACUUUUAGGACCUGGAUAGCUGCAGUGGACUUGGCUAAAAUCAAGAUUGCUUCAAAAAGACACAAAGUUAAAAAGUUUCUGCUUUUGGGUUGCCACUAAAGGGAUAUUUCUGAAAUUAUAAGGAGUGCUGGACAUUGUUUUUCUACUGGAAUUUGUGGCAGAGUAGGAGUCCAUGCACCCAUUACUUAUAAUAGAUGGGUGCGCUCCAAAAUGUGACUAUUCUGGAUUAUUCUGAGACUGCUUAGAAAAAAAGAUGAGAACAGUCUCAUUCUGCAAGCUCAUAACAUAACUCAAAUUACAUAAUAUCAAGGUGUUCUGUUCUAAUUAAUGGUCUAAAGUACUAAAAAUGGAUCAAUCACUGUUCAAACCAGGGGAGCCAUCAGACACUUUGAUUAAUCUACCUCAUUAUUACUACAGUAAUUAUUGACUUCCCUUUACAGACCCCACAAUUUGCAAAUGUGCUAGCAUUUGGCAGUGAAGAGGAGCCUGUUAAUCAUUUUGAGCCGCUAAAUGAUGAUAAUUGUUUGGAUCAUGAUGACCAUGCAGGUGAGAUCAGAAUUCUAUUUUUCACAAAUUUGUUAUUGAUACAUAAGUGAUAGUAGUUUCCUUGGUUCUGAUUGCAUUGGCCUAACUACAACAGAUAACACUGGACAUAAGUAAACACUAUCUAUAAAGAGCAGUGAAUGUUCAGUACUCACAGAAUGUGUAAACAGUAGAAAACACUUAUGGGACCUAAAAGGCUAAAUUAAAACCACUUCAGUUUACUUUGCAGAGAUUCAUCAUGAAAUGCUGCUAAAUCAAAGCUAUUGCCAGCUGUAUCUGGGAUGUAACUUGAGCUCCCGCCAAUCCGCUUUUAUCCAAACAUGUACAGUGAGGGGAAAAAGUAUUUGAUCUCCUGGUGAUUUUGAACGUUUGUUCAAUGACAAAGAAGUCUGUCAUUUUAAUGGUAGGUGUAUUUGAACAGUGAGAGACAGAAUAACAACAACAAAAUCCAGAAACACGCAUGUCAAAAAAGUUAUAAAUUGAUUUGCAUGUCAAUGAGUGAAAUAAUUAUUUGACCCCUUCGACCUUGUACUUGGUGGCAAAACCCGUGUUGGCAAUCACAGAGGUCAGACGUUUCUUGUAGUUGGCCAUGAGGUUUGCACACAUCUUAGGAGGGAUUUUGUCCAAUUAUUCUUUGCAGAUCAUCUCCAAGUCAUUAAGGUUUCAAGGCUGAUGUUUGGCAACUCGAACCUUCAGCUCCCUCUACAGAUUUUCUAUGGGAUUAUGGUCUGGAGACUGUCUAGGCCACUCCAGGACCUUAAUGUGCUUCUUCUUGAGCCACUCCUUUGUUGCUUUGGCUGUGUGUUUUGGGUCAUUGUCAUGCUGGAAUACCUAUCCAUGACCCAUUUUCAAUGCCCUGGCUGAGGGAAGGAGGUUCUCACCCAAGAUUUGACGGUACAUGGCCCCGUCCAUCGUCUCUUUAAUGCGGUGCAGUUGUCCUGUCCCUUUAGCAGAAAAACACCCCCAAAGCAUAAUGUUUCCACCUCCAUGUUUGACAGUGGGGAUGGUGUUCUUGGGGUCAUAGGCAGCAUUCCUCCUCCUCCAAUCACAGUGAGUUGAGUUGAUGACAAAGAGCUCGAUUUUUGGUCUCAUCUGACCACAACACUUUCACCCAAUUCUUCUCUGAAUCAUUCAGAUGUUCAUUGGCAAACUUCAGAUGGGCCUGUACAUGUGCUUUCUUGAGCAGGAGGACCUUGCGGGCACUGCAGUAUUUCAGUCCUUCAUGGCGUAGUGUGUUACCAAUUGUUUUCUUGGUGACUAUGGUUCCAGCUGCCUUGAGAUCAUUAACAAGAUCCUCCUGUGUAGUUCUGGGCUGAUUCCUCACCGUUCUCAUGAUCAUUGAAACUCCACGAGGUGAGAUCUUGAAUGGAGCACCAGACCGAGGGAGUCUGAAAGUUAUUUUGUGUUUCUUCCAUUUGUGAAUAAUCGCACCAACUGUUGUCACCUUCUUACCACGCUGCUUGGCGAUGGUCUUAUAGCCCAUUCCAGCCUUGUGUAGGGCUACAAUCAUGUCCUUGACAUCCUUGGACAGCUCUUUGGACUUGGCCAUGGUGGAGAGUUUGGAAUCUGAUUGAUUGCUUCUGUGGACAGGUGUCUUUCAUAUAGGUAACGAGCUGAGAUUAAGAGCACUCCCUUUAAGAGAGUGCUCCUAAUCUCAGCUUGAUACCUGUAUAAAAGACACUUGGGAGCCAGAAAUCUUGCUGAUUGAUAGGGGAUCAAAUAUUUAUUUCACUCCUUGACAUGCAAAUCAAUAUAUAACUUUUUUGACAUGCGCUUUUCUGGAUUAUUUUUGGUAUUCUGUCUCUCACUAUUAAAAUUAUAGACUGAUCAUUUCUUAGUCAAUGGACAAAUGUACAAACACAGCAGGAGCUCAAAUACUUUUUCCCCCUCACUGUACAACUUAGACUGAGCCCUCUGUCUUCCCAGCAGAGAGCUAAGCCAAGGACCUCUCAUCAGUGGAACUCCACUUGGCUAUGAACCCAAAUUAGUAAGAAAAUCACUUACCUUACACAGAAGAUCACAGGAAACAUAUGCCCUCUCAGCCUUUUGUGAUUGUCUGUGUAGCUAUUAUUAAUUCAAAACAUAUACACACAUUUUGUAACUGCUGCAUUUAUGUAUUGGAUUAAAUUAUGUUGCUGGUCUCCAUACACUCUUUACUUAUUCCCCUCUCAAAGCAGAUGACUUCUCUGACCCUGAAGACCUCGGAACGGACGUACCAGAAUGUUUGCGAGAGGACCCUGCUCUUGGUAAUUCAUACUUAUGGCUUUGGGUAAAAAAAAAUACCCUUUUUGUUCUUUUCGUGCCUGUUCAGGAAUGUACUCAUAUUGGUAUCUGCAUGUUCUCUCCAACUUUCUUCGAUUAUUUAAAACCUGUAAUUGUUUAUACGAGAACAAUUUUUAUCUUAAAGGGUUAAUGCAUGCACAGUUACCAUAUCAGUAUUUUGAAGUAGUCCGUGUGCAAGGACCCUGUAUGUACAGCAAUACAGUAUGAAAUGCUGCACGUACUGAAAUAUUUAAAGGAACGUGCAUCACUUUAAGACAACUGUCUCAUUUAAAAGCUUUGAAUUAGACCAUUGCCUCACUCUACAGGCUGAAAAAAAGCAGGCAAAUAUGAUUUAUUUAUUCCCUUAUAUUUUCAUGAUUUUUUUUUUUUUUUCAUACGCUUUCCACAUUCACUUCAGGGAGGACAAUGAUCUAAUAAUCAGUGUUCUAUCCCUAAGAAUGAUGAAACAAUGCAUGGGCAUGCCUGAAAGAUACACAUUUGUGCAGUUGGAAGAAUCUCUUCAUCUUGCAACAUUCUGACAAGGGGAGGGGGAAUCUGAUCUGUGUGAUCAUACAGAGUAGGCUCCAAUGUCAUUUUUUUUAUUCUCUUCUGCUACUGAACAAUAAUGCCCUGUUUCUGUAAUUAGUGAACUGGUCUGAAAAGGAGAUGGUUUGGUGGGGGGCUUGAAGAAACUCCCCUGCCAAAAGACAUGCCCAAUAAUGCAAUCUGAGCAAGUUUAUAGUAGGUUUACAAAAACUAAUAUUUUCUUGCUUUAUUUUGGUUUGUAUAUUUGUUUGUGUUUGCUGGUUUAAAAAAAAUAAUUGUCAAGUGAUGCAUGUCUCUGUAAUGUUGCUGACAGAGGUAUAACCCUGCCUCCUGCAGCUUCCAUUAACCAGCAAAGAACAAGCAUUCCAGGCUGGAUAAUGUCAUUUCUGUGCAUAUUCCUUGCACAGAGGGUCAUUCAUUGGUUAAGUGUGUGCUAAGUGAUGCUCUCAGGAUCUGCAUCUAGCUCCUGCAGCUCUGCAGAAGAUGGAUAUCACUCUGCCACAAUUAGAGGUUCGGCAAGAGGCAAUCCAUUGCAAAAAUGGGUUGUCCCCUUACUGGCAAACGGUACCAGGGUAAUAGCAUCAUAGCCACUACAUGGUUGUAUAGUGAUCUACAUUGGUUAUGAUGCUCGGAGUAAUCCUUUAGAUAAAUGAGAGGGAAAUCUGUCCCUGAAAUCAUUUUUGAUCACAUCAAUUAUGUAUGAUAACCUUAUUAACUUUUUCUGUCUCAGAACCUUGUGGACUUCAAGACCAGAUGAGUUAUGAGGAGCUGGUGAGAAGGAAUGUGGUAUGUGACUUUGUUUUAUUUUCUUUAAACUGCUUCUCUUCAGAUAUAUGCCAAUUGUACCCCACAUUAGAGAUGUCGCGAACCGUCCGCGAAUGGUUCGCCGCGAGCUGUUUGCGGCGAACUCCGGUCAGCUGACACGUCCCGGCCAAUCUCCAGCAGACCCUCCCUCCCAGACCCUCCUACUUCCUGGACAGCAUCCAUGUUUUCAAAACAUGGAUGCUGUCCAGGAAGUAGGAGGGUCUGGGAGGGAGGGUCUGCUGGAGAUUGGCCGGGACGUGUCAGCUGACCGGAGUUCGCCGCGAACAGAUCGUGGCGAACCGCUCGCAAGAUGUUCGCGACAUCUCUACCCCACAUAUUAUUCUACAGGGAAGGGUUUGUUACUUGUAAAUUCCUUUUCAAUGUUAUACUAACACAGCAUGGAGCAAACAAAUCAUUCAGACUGACAUAAAACAAUGCUUUAGUUGGACUAUGUGUAAUAAAACAAUAAUAUAGGAAAGGGGACUUAUCGAUUGCUAAAAUACAGUCUUUAUGUACAUUAUGUAUCUGACUGCAGGCACAAACUACAAUUAAAGGGUUACUCCAACCCAAAACAUGAUUGACAUUUCCUUCUGUCCCACAGUAUGAUGUGCAUGCUGGCUCUGUCUAAUGUGUGCGCGCUGACUGUGGUUACAAUGUGUGUAUGUAUUGUUUGCUGGCUGUGUGUGUGCCAUGUGUUAGUGUUGCCGUUGUGGAUCAGAGUUAUUCAGCAGUGGAGUUAAGGGUGCUUUUGACUGAGAGUAAGGGAAGUGGACUAGGGGCAAGGCAUAAAAGCCAGAAGACCACCAGUUGGAAAAUGGGUUGUAUGAUAUAAACAAACAAUGUGGGAUUGAAAGGUAACAUGUCGGGAAGUGCACUGGUGACAGUCCACACUAAUAUAUUGCUGCACGCCAAACAAUUACACAACUGCAUUUACACAUGGGCAAUAUAUAUAUCUAUAUCCAUAGCCCUGCAAUCGCUGACACAUACAUCCACUAACACUCCACGCAAAUACAAACCUACAUUCACAUAUUUUCUGGGGUAUUCACUAAAUUCUAAAGUGUAGCAAACUAAAAUCCAAAUGGAAAAACAAAGUGAGUUCUGCCAAUAAAUCCCACUGUAAUACACCACAAAUAUAUAUCCCUGCAUUUACAAGACCGCAAUUAAAUUUUCCAUUGCUCCUCCUGAGAUUGGAAUAUAUAUGUGUGUAUGUAUGUGUGUGUGUGUGCUCUGUGUUUGUUUUGUUUUUUUGUCCUCCUCCAGCUUCCUUUCAGCUGGGAGGGGCAUGAUCUCUGCUGAUCCAAGUGGAGUUUUAAGGGACGCUAUCGUUACCAAAACAACUUUAGCUUAAAAGAACAUACUAUAGGGUCAGGAACAUAAACAUGUAUUCCUGUUACUAUAUUGUUAAAACCACCAUUUAGCCCCUCCCCCCCUCAUUUCCUUCCUAAAUAUGGUAAAAUCUUACUAGUAUUCAAGUAUAUGCAGCUGCUGCCCCUGAUACGUGAGCCAAUCACAAUACUUCCCUAUAGGAUUGGUUGAGUCUGUCAAGGAGGCAGAUAAGGGGCAGAGCCAGCACAAGUCACAGCCCAGGCCAACCAGCAUCUCCUCAUAGAGAUGAAUUGAAUCAAUGCAUCUCUAUGAAGAAAGUUCAAUGUCUGCAUGCAGAGGAUGGAGACACUGAAUGGCAGUACUGCACAGUGUGGAGCACUGCCCAGGUAGCGCCAUCUGAUGUGUGGCCCGUGGAGUUAUUCCAAGGCUGUAAUGUAAACACUGCUUUUUCUCUAAAAAGACCGUGUUUACUGCAAAAAGCCUGAAGGGAAUGAUUCUACUCACCUGAACAAACACAAUACGCUUUAGUUUUGUCUGGUGACUAUAGUGUCUCUUUAAUGAAGCAGUUUGGUUUCUAGAUCAUGCCCCUGCAGUCUCAUUGCAUUCUGUGUUAUAUUUGCUAGCUAAGCUUUAAGAAUUACUGACAUAUCUACUCAUCCUGGCACAGAUCCCCUCUGAAUCUGUGAGUUACAUAGCUGAAAAGAGACUUGCUUCCAUCAUGCCCAGCCAUUAUCACAUUUGUUUUUGCUAUUGAUAAAGAAGGCAAAAAAUCUCUUUGAAGAGCUUCUAGUUUUGGAACAAACAAGGAAAAUGUCCUUCUUGACCCCAGAAAUGCAGUCAGAUAUCUCCAUGGAUCAAAAACCUGUUACCCCACUAAUUAAAAAUGAUAUCCCUGAAUUUUAUGUUUUUGCAAGUAUUUAUCAAAUUGCUGUUUACACAAAGGUGGAAAAAAAAAUGGAUGAAAUUACUAUAUGAGUAAAGAGUAAAAAAAAAAGCAUUUAUUACUUACAUCAAAGUAAAUAAUAGCAGAUAUAUCAGUCCAACGCAUUUCUUCCCUGUUAGGGACUUCCUCAGGGACAAUCUUUAACAACAAUGCUGAGUACAAAUGCAUACAAUCCUAGUUACAAACAUCCCCUAAUAUACAUCAGUCCCAAUAGUUGUUCUGUAGAUGAUUCCGUUUUUCCUCAGCUGUUUGUAGUUCAAAUUUGGUCACUUCCGGGUUUCGUGCAUCCCACGCGAUCACGUGACAUACGUGAUGACGUCAUGCGUUCCACCUUCGUUUCAGCUGUCCAUCAUGAUGACAAGCUGGGAUGUUGAAAAAAGUCAGAAAAAGACUGUUUCUAAAUGGGAGUAUGAGUGGGGAGUGUAGAAAGGCGGAGUGACAAAGUAGUUAAAUAGAUAUUACUGGUCUGAAAAUCUUAUAAAUAAACUUUAUUAAUAAAAAACGAAACAAACACACCAAGAACCUAUAUUUCAUGCAUUGAUAUAUUUUAAUGCCUGUGUACAUAGAUGCCUAACUCCAUACUGCAUAAGGCAACAUGCACACUGCAUAAUGUAAUAUGCACAAUUUAUCUCAUUUUUUUUUUUUUUUAAAUGUCAUUUUUUAAUGAGAUUUACAUUCACCAAGCAUUGAAGCAAGAAGGCACACCAAGUACAUUUUUGAAGGCAUUUCUUGGGAUGUUAAAGUGUGAGUGAACAUUUGGCACUUACCUAUAUAUCCACUUUAUUAUAUACAGUAUUGCACUAUGCCAUAUAUUUCUUAUUAUCCUGGCUUGAAAUAGCCCUAUACCAUACACCAAUUCAUACAUGACAGUACCUUACUGGCGUUGGCAACUGCCGAUUGACAUUGUACAUUGUUGCCUAGUUUGUUGUCUAUAACAAUUCCCAAAUACUUUUUUGUGUUAUCCAUAAUUCACUACUAAUUAGAGUGUAAGUUGCUUGUGCGUAAUUUUGCAUUUUGCUACAUUGAAUUUAAUCUGACAUUUGAGUACUCAGUCCCCCAAUCUAUCUAAAUCCAUCUGCAGAAAAGCAAUAUCCUGCUCCGAUAGUAUUACUAGCACAGAGUUUUGUGUCAUCUGCAAACACUGUGUGAUGGAAUCUUAAUGUGAAUCUGUUUAUUUUGUCAGUGUGAGUGAAUCUGUCUGUGAAAUGCACACUGCUCUACACAGGGAAUCAGUCUGUAUAUGAAGUGACACACAAUUCUCUGAACAUAGGUGUGCGCACGGGGUGUGCCUGGGCACACCCUAAUCCCCACGGCCCGCACAAUGUGCCUCCUUCCGUGGGCCGGUGAGGGAGGCAGGAGAGGACCCAGGGAGCUCUUGCCAGCAGCUCCACCAGAUUCCUCUCGCGAGGAGUCACGCGAGCAUUCAAACCGCCCAUAGGAAUGCAUUACUCAAUGCUUUCCUAUGGACGUCAGCGUCUUCUCACUGUGAUUUUCACAAUGAGAAUCGCGGAAGCGCCUCUAGCGGCUGUUAGUGAGACAGCCACUAAACGCUGGAUUAACCCUCCGUGUAAACAUAGCAGUUUCUCUGAGAAACAUGGGGGACCUGGCACGCAGACCACUUAAUUGAGCUGAAGUGGUCUGGGUGCCUAUAGUGGUCCUUUAAGUUUGAGGACCCUUAUUUUCAGUCCUAUGGUUGCAAGCUCACAUUUUUCUGUGUUGGUUGCAGAUUGAAAGUCCUACUUUUCUCUGUUAGUUAAAUAUGAAAUGCCAUACAGAACUGAUAUCACUUUGUCCAUAUCCCAAACCUUGGAUUGAUCACAUAUGAGUCAAGUUGCCAAAGUAUUCUGCCAAUUAUAAAUGUCAAAUUUUGUAUUGUUAGAAACAACUAAAAUAGCAUAUUACACCCUGCAAACUUUAGCUUACAAGUAUGCCUUCUUGGUACUUCCGUUCUGAUUAAAAAUAAAAUAAUUUUUUUUCUUAUUUUCAGGACCUCUUCAUCUCAAAUUCUCAGAAAUAUGCUCAGGAAACUGUACUCUCUCUUCGUGUUCGUGAAUGGGAGGAUAAAAUGGGGCCACAGCUGCAGGAACAGGUAGGAAAUAAUAUAUUGUUUAUGAUCCAAUAAAUUUAUGUUUGCAUUUUAUUAAAGGAACACUAUAGUCACCUAAAUUACUUUAGCUAAAUGAAGCAGUUUUAGUGUAUAGAUCAUUCCCCUGCAAUUUCACUGCUCAAUUCACUUUCAUUUAGUUGUUAAAUCACGUUGUUUCUGUUUAUGCAGCCCUAGCCACACCUCCCCUGGCUAUGAUUAACAGAGCCUGCAUGAAAAAAACAAAAAACUGGUUUCACUUUCAAACAGAUGUAAUUUACCUUAAAUAAUUGUAUCUCAAUCUCUAAAUUGAACUUUCAUCACAUACAGGAGGCUCUUGCAGGGUCUAGCAAGCUAUUAACAUAGCAGGGGAUAAGGAAAUAUUAAUUAAACAGAACUUGCAAUAAAGAAAGCCUAAAUAGGGCUCUCUUUACAGGAAGUGUUUAUGGAAGACUGUGCAAGUCACAUGCAGGAAGGUGUUACUAGGGUUCAUAAACAAAGGGAUUUAACUCCUAAAUGGCAUAGGUUUGAGCAGUGAGGCUGCAGGGGCAUGUUCUAUACACCAAAACUGCUUCAUUAAGCUAAAGUUGUUCAGGUGACUAUAGUGUCCCUUUAAUGUCCAAGUCCCAAUAAACAAACAGCCUGUUUCACAGAUUUUUUUUCAAAGUGGUUCUAUGGGCACCAUUACAACUUAAUUGAACUUAAGUUGUUAUGGUGCCCAUAGGUUCAUGUUGCUUUCUUAUCUUAAGGCAGUGCUUUCCAAACUUUCGAAGUUGGUGACACACUUUUUAGACAUCAUUUCGCAACACGGUAAAUACGUUUUCCUAAUAAACUGAAGGUUAAACUACUACUAUCCCCUUUUAAGAAAUUCAGACACAUACAUAAAUGUUAAUAAUCAAAGGAUUGUGCUCAUAUUGAUGCACGUACGCCCUUGUGUAAAUGCAGAUGUGUAUUUUUGCAGUGUCACAUGCACACACAUACUGUAAAACAAAAUAGCCACAUGCACACAGUCCCAGGCAUACAGUCACACACACAGUUACAGACACUGUGCAGCACAAAGGGGGAUGGAAGUAAGACCUCACCUCAUAAUGAUACAGGAUGUGUCCACCUUCCUGGGAUUAGUAGGAGUUGCAGACUUUAUCCCACUGUGCAGCAGUAACAGGGCAGCGUAGAGGCCGCGUUUAGCUCUGCCCGUGUCCUCAAGUUAACUCUGUCCCUACCUCACUUCCUUACAGACAGCUGGCCUUUUAAGCUCUGCACCUGGGUGCAAGCUGUGUCGGCCAUCGACGCCACAACACCCUGUGUAGCCACACAGCUUGCACAAUCCUAUGGCCGGCCAUGAUACUAGUAGGCAACACACCUGCACACUCCAACCGGCACACUUAGCGUCGUGACACACACUUUGGAAAACACUGCCUUUUGGGGUUACACUGUUUGCUAGCGUUUUAACCCCAAAAGUUGCUCUCCAGCGGCAUUUAGUUUCUCCAGAGCAGUUUAAGGAAGCACGAUGUGCCACCGGGCAGGGGCGCUACUGAUUGGCUAAUAGCUCCCCAUUCAUGAAACCUUUGUUUUAGUGAAUGGAAAGCUGAUUGGCUUUGAGACUUCAGAUGACCUCUCUAAGCCAAUCAGUGGCGGCACUCCAUGCUUCCGCAAACUGCUUUGGAGAAACUAGAUGCUAUUGGAGGCCGGGAGAUCCACCUUUGGGGUUAAACCGUUCGCGGUAAGAAGGCACCAGGGACCUUGGAGCACCAUAACUUAAUUUCAGUGAAAUUGUUACGGAACCCAUACAGUUUCUUUAAACAUCUGAUAACUCUAUCCACAAACUGAAUCGCACUGUUCACAAGAUGAUAGCAGCCAAACUGUGACUGCUAUCAGCAAUGGCAGCAGUUCCCCAUCAUCUGAUCUCUUUCUACAGGAAGAUCAGGGGCCUUUUGACAUUCAUGAUUAUGGUGAUCGUCUGGUGUCGCAGUUCAGUCAAGUGGGAGAGUGGCGCACCUUUGCCAGCCUGAUGGCAGAUAAACAACCCUAUGAGGUGUGCAGAUAUAUGCUGGCAUCUCUACAGCUGGUAAGUUUUGUGUGAACAUUUCUCUUUCCUAUUUUCCUUUGAAAUCUCUGACAAACACAUUCCCUGUAGAUAUAUUUAGGGUACUCCAAGAAUUAAAAAAAAUAGGUACCACUAGGUAACCAAAUAACUGUGCCUGAGAGGCUCCAAUUGGGGGUAACCCACAACAAUUCAAUUAGAUUACAAAAUAGACAUAUGAGUCCAAAAAUGGAAAUCCCUCCAAUAGGUAAAAUAAGUGCCGUGCUAAUCUUCUCUGUAUCGUUACAACUUUUAGUGUGAUUCAAAUAUAUAUGUGUAUGUAGAGACUGUAGCCCUAUUAGUCCAAUGAUGUAGAUGUAAAAACCAGAUAAAAUUUGUAUCUUGUAAAACCUUUUUUAUUGGAUUAAUAGAAUAUUUUUUAAUGACAAGCUUGUGGGAGAACCUCCCUUUCUCAAGUCUGAAGCUUUUGAGCAAGACGACACAUAGAAUUCAAAGUUGAGUUGUGAUACAGGGAUUAAAGCGACAUGAGUGCAGAUAAGACACAGGUUUGAUAGAAAAUAGACAUCAUUUUUGCAGAGGGUCAUAAAUAUCUUCCUGAAGAUCAGCAUGAGGUGGGAGAGGGAGGAAAAAAUAAAAUCUUCAGAAAGAUAUUUAUGAUCCUCUGCAAUAAUGUUGUCUAUUUUCUAUCAAACCUGUUUCUUAUAUGCACUCCUGUUGCAGCACAUAUAAUAAAAAUUGUAACAAUACAGAGAAGAUUAGUAUGGCCCCUGUGCAAGGAUGACGUGCAAAUUCGGGAACCGUUCCAUAUUUUUCUUACACAUUGUACACAAGUGGGUUAUUGUUGUAUAUAUUUUCACUCAACCAUUUCCACCUGGUAUACCACCAGAAGAGCAAUCUCUAGUGGUUGUGGUUUUUUUUUGUUUUUUGUUUUUCAAAUAAGUUUAAAAUCAAUUUUUGUGAGACCUUUUGUCUGCCUCUUUGUGGCAUUAGUGGUCAUCCUUGUCCAAGACCCUGGUGAAUUGCUUCUUCUGUGAAAUGCUUGGUUUACUUGUAUCUUCUCAAAUUUAAACUCUUAGUGCUUAAUCAUCCACCACAGCCUCAUGGCUUUUUAAUGUGCAUAUGUAUUGUCUCUUAUUCUAAUUUUUCUAAUUGUUACAUAUUCUCAUAAAGUUGUUCUACCAUUAUUUUACCUAUAAAAGGGAACUCCUUUUUCUUCCCAUUUUUCUAUUUUGAAAUCUACCCCAAGAAUCAAAAUGCUUAAAGGGUUGCUCCAUCCCUUUAUCUUUUUUUUUUUCCUUUUUAGUGCCUUAAUUGCACUAGUUAAUAAAAUAAGGGGGAGGGCUAGUAAUUUUACUAAACCCUAAUAAGUAAAGAUAAAACGUACCUGGAAUUGAGCACCCAGUGAGCUUCUUUCACACCCCAUUUCUCAUCAUGCUGCUUCACUCACUUCCUCUUCAUGGCCCAAUCAAAUGCUUUUCACUAGUUCAGUGCAUGCUGAGCCAAAGAGGGGAGGGAGUGUGUGGUGGGGUGAGGGGGGUUAGAGAAAGGGUGGGAGGGAAUUAAAAAACCCAACUAAUAUGAAAAUAUAUAUAAGGAGGUUAAAGGGACACUAUAGUCACCUGAACAACUUCAGCUUAAUGAGGUUGUUCAUGUGAGAACUAUAGCUCCCUGCAGCCUUUCUCAUGUAAACACUGUAUUUUCUAAGAAAAUACAGUGUUUACAUUGAAAGUUAGGAACCCCUCCAGUUGCAGUCACUCAGAGUGAACCAGAGGGACUUCAGAGUUGUAAUUCAUAUUAUGCCUCCAUCCACUUAGAUCUGCUGUCAGCAGAGCACAGGGCAGCACAGUGCACAACAUCCUGUGAUUCCGUAUCGCCUCCCUCUGCAUGCUUACACUGAACUUUCCUCAUAGAGAUUCAUUGAUUCAAUUCAUCUCUAUGAGGAGAUGCUGAUUGGCCAGGGAUGUGAAUCAUGCUGGCUCUGCCCUUGAUCUGCCUCUAUGUCAGUCUCAGCCAAUCCUAUGGGCAGAGAGAACUUGCUGGCAUUUCGGAUCUGGACUGCUCGUAUGGGUGGGACCAGUCGGAUAUGCUUCAGAUAUGUUCUCUCUGUAAUGGCACAAGUUGAGCUAAAACCAGCUUGAGUUCUGAGCGGGGACCCACCGAAGGGCAGGCUAUUUUAGCUGCUGUCCGUCCUCAGAAUACUCUUGCGACCCAUUUUUUGCAAUCCUAUGGGGAAGCACUGUGAUUGGAUCAGGCUACCACAUGUCAGCAGACUGCUUGUUUUUCUGAGUCUAACAGCAUGCAGAUUUACAGCUUCAGGCUUGAAUACAGUAAGAUUUUUACUAUAUUUAUGGAUGCAUGAGGGGCCCAGGGGGGCUAGAUGGUGGUGUUAAAACUAUAGGGUCAGGAAUACGUUUGUGUUCCUGACCCUAUAGUGAUCCUUUAACUUAUAUCACACAAGCAGUGAGGGAGGACAGAUAGAGGAUUACCCUUUCAGGAACUGCCUGCAGGGGUAGAAGCUCACUACCUCUGUUUCCAGCAUUGAAGAGACAAUUGUUUUUUGUUUUUGUUUUUGCAUAGAAUUUUAGGCUACCCAAGUCACAUUUCAAGCUAAAACACUACACAUCCCAUUUCCUUCAUCACUGACCACUUCUAAAAGCAGAAGUGGACAUUGGGUAAUUAUUUAAAUUUUAUAAAUUUAUACAUUUAAUUAGGUUUGUUGAUGACACCCAUUGCUCUGUAUAUGAAAAUAUGCAAGAACCUAUACUGCAUGUUAAUGGGGGCACAAAACCAUUUUGUUUUAAAAUUGUCACUUUUUUCGGUCUUUUAUUAUUUGCAAAGACCCCAGAUGAUGAGGUUGACACUUGCAGAGAAGUGAUUGUAGGGAAAGGUGGGUUUCACUUACAUAAAUCUGUCCCUUGUAGUCACCAACAUCCUGCUAUUCCUCUUCAGCUUAUGGAGCUUCAUCUGCCAGGAGCCAACAUCAGUGCGGUACUUUCACACAUGCACAAGAGUAGAUGUCUAAGCCUUUGACAACAGUAGCUCCAAUUUUUUUUUAAAGAGAUAUUUCAGGCACCCAGACCACUUCUGCCCAUUGGAGUGCCAACGCCCACUACCCUCAACCCUGCAAGUGUAAUUAUUGCAGUUUUCAUAAACUGCAAUAUUUACAUUGCAGGGUUAAGUCUUCCUCUAUUGGCUGUCUACUAGACAGCCACUAGAGGAGACUUCCAUGUUCAUAGAACAUGAAAAGUGGUUUAAAACGACGCUGGACGUCCUCACGCUAUGUGAGGACCUCCAGCGUCCCCGAAAUCCCCAUAGGAAAGCAUUAAUGCUUUCCUAUGGGGAGGUCUAAGGUGUGUUCGCCGCCAUUGCCGCGCAUGCACAUUAGGUCUCCCCCGCCGGCUGACAUCGGCAGGGGGAGGAGCGUAGGCCCAGGGGGGUGGGAGGGAGAGGGGCACUAGAGGGUCCUGCAGUGCCUGGAAAUUGAAUAUGGUUUACUGGCACUGGAGAAUCCUUUUAAGCGUAGAAAAAUAGAUAAGACUGGGAUGGAUUGGAAUUUCAUUAAAAUUCCAACACAGUUUUCAUGAGCAUUUCAUACAGAUUUUGCUAAUUUUGAUGUGGGUUGAUAGAGCCGCUCUAAUGAAGUGGUUUUGGUCAGUCACCCUGUCCCUUUUGUCUUCUUCCUCAUUGAAGAUAUAGUGUUAUCACACACGAUGCUGUUAAAUGCAUUCUUUCUCAUAUAAAAGCAGUGGCUUGGUAGCAAACUGUGAUUUCUGAAUAUUUACUUUGCUUUAAACUGAAUCUUAAAAAAAACACAGCGCAGAUGUUAAAAUAUUUUUAAACGGAGUGUUCUUUAACUGUUCAGUACCUUUUUUUUUUUUUUUUUUACACACUUAUAACUAGGCCAAUGACUACACAGUAGAAGUUUCUCAGAAGCCAGGUCUGCAGGAAGGCUUGGAUACAAUGGCCCUGCGACUCCUGAGCCAGCAAAGAGCCCAUGAAAGAUUCAAGACUUACACUGCACCAUCCAUAUCCCAGCAAUGA